AUGACUUCUCAACCAAGCAGUCGAAUUUUACCGGAUGUACCGUGUCGUGUAUGUCAGGAUCAUAGUUCCGGGAAACAUUAUGGAAUUUUCUCUUGUGAUGGAUGUGCUGGAUUUUUUAAACGAUCGAUCAGACGACAUAGACAAUAUGUUUGUAAAAAUAAAGGAGGUUGUGAGGAGGGACGCUGCAUCGUGGAUAAAACACAUCGAAAUCAGUGCCGAGCAUGUCGUCUACGAAAAUGUUUGGAAAUUGGAAUGAAUAAGGAAGCAGUGCAACAUGAACGUGGCCCGAGGAAUUCGAGUUUACGACGGCAGAAUAUGUUGCUCGAACAUCCACGGCUGACACUUUCUCCUGACCUUGGCUCAGACUCUGACGCCUCUCCACCAUGCGUGGAAAAGUUACCUGAAGUCGCUGCGCGAGUGUUUUUUCAGUUGAUCACUUGGACACGGUACCAGUUACCGUUUGCCUGCUUACCACUUGAGAGACAAAUCGCGACUUUUCAACAAUGUUGGCCUGCUCUAUUUGUGCUCACGUGUGGAGAACGGCCGUUCAUCACAUCCCAACAAGUACUCGCAGAAUCCACGGAUUUUUUAAAGGAGAAAGCAGAGGUGGCCGAAUGUUUCGAGAAAAUGGAGUCAUUGAGGUUGGAUGCUAGGGAACACGCAAUGUUACGUACUUAUGCACUAAUGAAAGACACACCAACCGCCUAUCAGCUCGGAUUUCAACUGGCGGCCUAUCAUCAAGUUGUCCAUCGAUCAGAUCCGCUACGAUUUUUGAAGUGCCUGGAUGUGCUGUCGAUUUCCGCCGACUCACUGGUCGCAGUUCUCUUUCGUCCAUCCAUCGGUGACGCGUCGAUGAGCCGACUCAUCGCCGACAUACUAAAUCCACGUCGAGCCGCUGCGGAUGCGGCGCCCGCGGUGCCGCUUCGGGACGCGCCACCGCCAGCGACGACGACGACGACGACGAGGACCACCGAUUUUUGUGUGGAGGGGUUGCUGGGCCGGGCGAGCACUUCUCCGUCCACAUCCACACCGGAUAUGUCGCUGGGUCGACGGCACGAGACCGGUAUUGUUAGUCCUGAAAGCCUUAGUGGAACCGAAGAAGCGUAG